CGCAUUUCGUGCGCCCUUCCGCCUCCCUCCCCAUGAAGGCCAUUCGGUUCGCCAUCUUUGCCUUCCUGCUCGUUGCGAGUGUGCGGACACAACCUAACAUUCCUCCACAGGAGGAUCCAGGAGAUGGUCCCGGCCCUAUCAAUCCCAAUCUCCCAGGCAUCACACCGCCAGAGCCUCCCCCAGAGGAGUGAGGAGGACACACGGGCAAGUCUUCGCAGCUAGCUGCAUCAUUUGUUGUGGUUGUCUGUCACGCAGGCCUGCUGCCCCCCCUGGUGAUGCCCCUCAAAUUCCUCCACAGGAGGAUCCAGGAGAUGGUCCCGGCCCUAUCGAUCCCGGUCUCACAGGCAUCACACCGCCAGAGCCUCCCCCAGAGGAGUGAGGAGGACAGACACGGGCAAGUCUUCGCAGCUAGCUGCAUCAUUUGUUGUGGUUGUCUGUCACGCAGGCCUGCUGCCCCCCCUGGUGAUGCCCCUCAAAUUCCUCCACAGGAGGAUCCAGGAGAUGGUCCCGGCCCUAUCGAUCCCGGUCUCACAGGCAUCCAGCUGCCAGAGCCUCCCCCAGAGGAGUGAGGAGGACAGACACGGGCAAGUCUUCGCGUCGAGCUGCAUCAUUUGUUGUGGUUGUCUGUCACGCAGUCCUAGCGAACCCCCUCCUGAUGUCCCCCCUGAGCCUGAGCCUGGCAACCAGGACACCCCCCCUGAGCCUGAGCCUGGCAACCAGGACCCCCCUCCUCCUGGCAACGAAGACCCGCCUCCCCCUGGCAAUGAUGAGUGAGGAGGUACACACAGGACAGUGUUCGCUUCGAGCUGCAUCAUUUGUUGUGGUUGUCUGUCACGUAGUACCACAGAUGAUACAGGAGGAGGAGGAGGAGGAGGCGGGGGAACAGGAGGAGGCGGGGGAACAGGAGGAGGUGGUGGCGGAGGCACUGGUGGCGGAGGCACUGGUGGUGGUGGUGGCGGAGGCACUGGUGGCGGGGGGACGGCUCCCACGGGAGGGACAACCGGCACGGGCGAUGAUGACCUGUCACCAGUGCACGUCGGACCGGGAGACACUGCACUAGCCAUUGGUGAGGGGGUGCUGCCCGUCGAGGAAGACGUCAUUGGGACGCGCAAGGGUGACCUGCAGUGGGCGACCUAUCAAUGCGGCGGGACACCUGCUCUUGGCAUAUAUGACUUCGCAGACGACGGUAUGCAGGACAAAUAUAUAUAUCGCCACACCAAAAGAGAUGUCUUGUGUGUUUAUGCGUGUGCAUCAGCUGACGACACGCUUGCUGAGGGCGAGGGCUACAUCGGGUGCGGCAUUGAUCUGCCAAUCAACCAGAUCUACGCCAACAAACUUUUCAGCACCGAACUCGGCACACUUGGCGAGAGCACACUAGCUGAGGAGAUCAAGACUGAGUCGGAAAGGGAGGCGAGUGACGCGCUCUCUGCUCUCGAGAAGGUUCAGUUCCAUACUUACAAGUGGAAACAUGGGGCCCUCGACCCACACAAGCGGCAAUUCGGUCAGCAUUGGCUACAUACUCCUCCUUUCCUGAGACAUUUGCCGGUUUGUGCAGGUGUGUUGGCCGAUGAGCUGAAGGAUGUCUUUCCCGAGGCAAUUUUUGAGUCGUCUGCAGACGGAGAUGAGGCGCUCUACAUCGAUGUGCCCACCUUGCUUUACAAGACGAUGCAGGCCACCCAGCAGCUGCACCGUAUAAUAAAGGAGCAGAAGCAGCAGGAGGGAGGUGCCAAGGAGUCGGAGGGACAGCCGGUUCGAGAGAGUUCGUCGCGUGAUCCAUUUCAGGAGUUCUUGCACUGGGUUACAGGUACUAGAUGAUGCGAUCAGUGCAGACACGUGUGACGUCGUGCGAUCAGUGCAGACACGUGUGACGUCGCAUUCAUUGAUCAUUUUACUCAUGGGAGUGUCAUCGAUGAGCAUUUUAUGCGCGUGCGUGUCUUCUUUGCGGGGGUUUGUGUGUGUUGAUGGCUUAUAUGUGUUCCCUCUCGUCUACCUGCGUGUCUGUGUGCCUCUUCGUGUGCUCAUUGGUGAGGGCCUGUGUGCGUGUUGGGGGUUUCAGUUUCGUGUUGCCUGCUUUUCUGCCAAAGGUGUCGAAAGGCGACAUGUUUUGACUACUUUCUCUCCCUGAUCUCGCUUUGUCAACCAGAGAGCUCGUAUCAAAACCUCACCUCAAACGAGGUGAGGUUUUGUCAGAUCCAAACGAGACCUAUGUGGUAGUGCCGAUGCUUGUCACCAGUGGUAGAGAGGCAGUCACCUGCACUAUCUCCGUGUGCGUCCCGUGCAGUGUGCAUCUUCGUAUUCUCGCUAUCUGUGAUAAUUGACCGACCAAGCAUUGACCAGCGAAGGACCUAUAAGCCCUCUCAAUUUCGUCUCUGAUCCACUCAUCGGCGGAAUUGACCGACCACUUUCGUAGAUAUCCUUCUCUGUGCGGUCUAUUCCGCCGACGGCAAUAGACUUGCGGUCAUUUUGAGUCAGUGAGUGGUCGGCCCGAAUGGCUGAUUUGAGUCUCUUUGUGAGGUGAUUGGUUUAUACGGUUCAUUUUGCUUGUGUACAGACCGAUCGGGGUGGGCUGAUUGCUUUAACCGAUACUCACCGUACAUGAUACAUUCAUACAAACGAACAGUCGGACAGCGUGUACAGGAGGCAGCGUGCACAUACAUGCACGCACACAUACACGCACACAUAUAUGCAUACGUACAUACAUACAUACAUACAUAAUACAUGUACAAACGAACAGUGACACAGGGCGUGAGACACAACAGAGUACAGGAGAGAGAGAGAGAGGGAGACGGAGACACACACACACACAUAUAGACACACACACAUAUACACACACACAGAUGCGCUGCAUGAAUCAAUCAAUUAAUCAAUCCACGAAAGGGAGCCAGUUUUGUGCUGUCUGAUCGGUUAGCCAGCCAACUAUGGAGGGAAGAAUGGCUCGCAUCUCUGGUAAUGCACACACGUGAAGGGUUUUGCCUUACUUUUCCUUCGCCAUGUCGUCUCAUCGGUCGAAUACACUCACUCACAGACACCAACCACACGCACUGGGUGCCUGUGAGGGUAGACAGGGCGGCGGCUAACUGCUUAGCUGAGGGGAGUGCCUUGUAGGAGGGGCGAGGGAGCUGGUGGGUGUGUCUGCUGCAUGUGCUGUGCCUGGUGCGUGGCUGGCUGGAUGUGUGGAGAGACACACAGAUACCUAUGACUGACUGAGCCGAUUUACUCAAUCUGAUGAAU